AUGUUUCAAGAUAAUGAUGUCAAAUCUUCCUUCGGAAAUAUGGGUUUGCAACUUGGCUCUCUCGACCCUUCGAACUCAUUCUGGUAUUCAAAUCAAUAUUAUUCAUACUCCCGAACAAGCGAUCAAGAUGCUCGGAAUCCGCUGCUGGUCACUGGUGUUUCGACCUCGUCGGUUCCGCAUAUGAGCAUGCCUGUAUCCGACCAAGACUGCUGCUACUCUCAACAUCACUACAGCGAACCCUCUGAAAAUGGCAGCCAAUAUGUGGACAACUACCACUCUGCCGAUUCGGGUUAUAGAGGAGCUAGCUGUGCGACGCAGUCGGUCAUCACUUCUAGCUAUGGUGCCGAGUCAAGCCCAUAUAAGGAUGCGUCGGAGGCCACUUUCGAUCCUCACUUCGGCUCCGGGUCCUCGUAUACGUCCGAGUUUGUCGGGUCGCCGUCUAUGUUUGAUACAUCUGUGCGGUCUGAUCACGCUACUUGCUCGUGGGUUGGCAACUGUCCUUCGGAUAAGAGGAAACACGAGGCCCGUCACCGCAAGCUUUUUGUAUGCGACGAGCCGAAUUGCCCGCGCAACGAUGGGUUCGGAACUAUCAAUGACCUCGCUCGUCAUAAGAAGUGUGUCCACAACAAGGAAUCGGAGAGCGGUCCCAAGAUGAUGUACAUGUGUUUCGGUACAAACUGCCCGCGUCCAGAAAAGCGAUGGCCACGCUUGGAUAACUUCAGGAAACAUUUGAACCGAAUGCAUCACGACGAAGAUGAAGGCUCACUACUAAAUAUGUCUAUGGACUGGUAUGAGAAGGUCAUCGGUCGAUCCGGAAAGAAAUUCGACGACCACACCUCGUACGAUGAGUCGGUAUUUGAAAUACCGGAAGACAUGGCCACUGUUCACCCAACCAUCGAGCUCGAGCCAGAGAAUCCCAUGUUCCAACAAAGAACCGAUAUCUUCACAUUUGGCAAUGUCACACCCACACCCACACCCACACCUCAAUACAGCACCUCAGCGCCAGGCUCCGAUGCAUCUCAAUUCCCGGCUUUUGGCUCAUUGGGUCUAACAGAGCAGGAUGCCUCCACGGACCGUAGCGCAAAGCCAGAAGGGUCCAUCACAGAUGCAGCCGAUAACCUGAUCGAUACCAUAACGAAAAUGAUGCACAAACGCGGGCGAAAAUCUACUCAGAAUUUGGAUGAGGGCAUUGAUCUCGAGUCAGAUGCUAACCUCUCCCAACCCGAACGCCAAAUGCUACAAAAGGUCCUCUCGGUCGCUCUAGAGCGCCUGUCCGACGAUGAUAAAUCUACCCACAUCCCAAGGGAAAAGCAAGGCUGA